AACGAAACAAACAUGGCGGCAAAAUCUGAAGAAAGCGUAGUUUGAGAUUAUGUCGCAGCAUGAAAAGCACCUUAGUGCGUAUUUGAAAUCCAAACGUUCUGGAUCAACAUCUUCAGGUGCUGCAAAAGAUAGGAAUGCCCACACUGGAAAAAAACCAUUAGCAAAGCAAUUAGGAAAAUCACAGCCAUCUGCUGAUUUGAAACUGAAGAGAGGAUUGGACCUUACCAGGAUUCCAGAGGAAGUCAUCUUAAAGAUAUUCAAAUACUUGAGUCCCUCUGAACUGCUGGUGUGUGCUCAGGUGUGUCACAAAUGGUCUGCAGUUUCACAAGACAGCUGUUUGUGGGAGCCACUGCUUCCUUAUCUUCCAAAGCGAGUCAGAGAUAAUUUAACCUUCAAAGAAACAAAAGAUGAAGGUUUUGACUGGAAGCGUGAAGUAAUCAAAAGAUGUAUACGUGCUAGGAAUGAAGAGAUGCUCAGAAAGCGAGGAGUUUCACCGUACACUGGCUUACAGAAAGAUGCGUUUCAUCCCCUUAGGUUUACUGACAUUAGAUGGAAGCUUUGUGUUACAGACACCUCUGGUAAGGAAUACUGGCGGUCGUCCGACUGCAGCACUCUUUUCCAGUCUUCAUUCUGUGUCCGCUGGUAUUCCCUAAAUCUACCACCUCUCUCGAGACUGAAGACACUUCAGGUGUUUUCUUUUGUGCCAGUUUUCUUUAACAGAAGUUGGAAGCCUCACUAUGAAAGUGCCACUACAAGAUCUCUUGUCCUCCAAUUUGAUCUUCGCUCUAAAGGCUCCAGAAUGGCUCUUUCACAAGCCACAGCCGUCAGUGGAGCUGGGAUAAUAACAGCACAUGUGAUAUGUUCCUCCGUUUUAGCAGCUUGCUGGAGCGCCUCUUGGAAAGAUGGUGGGGAACUCGCUUUUCUUACACUUUGCCUUCAUCAGCACAAUCUGAUUAAAAAAGUUCUUCUGGGUUCGCAUUGCAGAACCUUCAUACCGUCAGCCCACGUGCCUGUUCCUGAUGACAUAGACCCAAAGUAUGGACUUCAUGGAUAUUCUGCCACAAUAGAACUGAGAAAUCACAAAGCGACUUUCUGGGGAAGGCAGUACAGGGAACUCUACCAACAAUACUUGGCUGAUUCUUACGUGUCCCUUGGAGGUGGCAGCCACGAACACGGUUCAUUUUCAAGGAAGCUUUCACUUCCUUGGAAAACAGAAUUAUUCAAAAACGUCUUACCCGAUAUGUGUUUCCUAGAUGUGACUGUUCUACAUGAUAGGAAGCCUUUCUGGUGUUUCAGCUCGCCUGUAAAAGUUCUUAUCAACAAAGUAUUCGAUGGUGAUUUCACUUCAGAGGGAGAAAAACAGUUUAUCGAAUUCAGUGAUGAACAUGGUUCUUUAAGGAUGGAUUUUCUCUGGAUCGAAGAUGAGGAACAAACGCUUGUUACUAACGUUGAGCUACGUGUCUUGAAGUCUUUUGUAAACUUCUGGUUCAACACGGCCUAUUGAAGUCAAGUAGUCUCGACCAGUCCCUACCCCGCAACUCAACACCAGUCUUCCUUGUCGAUUUAGAGGAGAACAUAAAGACCUAAAGAGAGGAUGGUGAUGUUUAUCGAAUCAGUAAUGGCGCAGUUUGUGUCUUCUUGAUCAAAGUUUGGACCCCCUAUCAAACAUUUCUGGAUCUGCCUGGGGGUAUCCUAUGCGGUCGCUAACGUGCCGCUCAUCAGUUAGAAUCCCAACUGGGUAUUUCUAUCAAAGCUCUUGAGGCAUCAUUGGAAAUGUCAAUUAACCCUUCUAAUAGUGUUUUACUGCAAGUAUCUACGUUUUCAAAGAUUUUUUUUUGUUUUUGUUUGAGUUUUGGAAAAUACUGAUUUUGUUUAUUGGUUCUCCAUGAGCUGAUACUCAGCGCGUAAAUUAACCAGUCAGAACACGGAAUUUUCAAUUUGGGUUUUUUUAGGGGUUUGUUGAAGGGGUUUUUUAUAAAAAGGAAAUAAGCACACAGAUUUACAUUACAUUUUGGGUGACGGAUUCCCAAUAUUUUUCUUUUUAGGUCAAUAAAUAUUGUAUGACACCCCUCGUUUUCUCUUAAUCAAACGUUAACCCAGUGAUAAGGUGGUCUGUCUUAAUGAGGUCUACGUAAGUUCCAUAUCAUCUGCCCCUUAGACGAGUAAAAUAAAUUUCACCCAAAAGCCACAGUUCACAUAAUCGCUUAGUUAGGUUGAAAGAAUUAAAAUAACUGAAAAUUCCAUAA